CACCUUGGGUACCGGAGAAGCGGUAAAGUAUGCAAGAAGAAAGCAGCAAUAACAAAACCAUUAGGAAUUAGCAGCCCUGGAUCACAACUAUCGCGCAUAGACAUGUCCGAUGGAGCCAACACCACCGCUGAAUAUUUGUUGCCGGAUACCAAAAACUUGCAAGAGAUAGAAGGAGACAGAGUCUAGUUGGUUGCAGAUAGGAUGACAGGGUGCCUGUGGCCGUGUGUGGCUGCGGCCGUGGCUGCAUCGGUGACGGCUUCAGGAAGUGGUGCAGGGAGGAGGGGUGGCGGACUUUUCCGGUCGAGGGUGAAGGGGCCAGCAGAGGUGGUACAACAUGCAAGGGAGAUUCUUGUCUACAUCACUGAGAAUCAAGAAGCUAGUAGCGGCAGCGGAAAAUGUGAAGCAAAGUGCGAUCACAAGAUAGCUGAGCUAAGCAAAACCAUCAGAGAUAUGAAAUGCAUUCUAUAUGGCAACGGCGAUGGAGAUCCUAUAGCUGAAGCUUGCACACAGUUGACCAAGGAGUUCUUCAAAGAGAAUACCAAUACCAUGCGUCUAAUAAUAAUCUGCCUUCCUUAUUUGGACUUAGAAGCUCAAAAGGAUGUUACUCAAGUUAUUGCAAACUUACAAAGGCGCAAGGUUGAUUCAAGAAUGGUUGCCUCUGAUUACUUGGAAGCGAACCAAGAUCUUCUGGAUAUUUUAAUGUCUGGGUAUGAAAACAUGGAGAUUGCAAUACAUUAUAGCACUAUGUUGAGGGACUGCAUAUGCCACCAAGUUGCAGCUCGGUAUGUACUAGACUCUGAGCAUAUGAAGAAUUUUUUCGAAUAUAUACAGUUUCCAGACUUCAACAUAGCAUCGGAUGCCUUCAGGACUUUUAAGGAACUCUUGACAAGGCAUAAAUCAAGUGUUGCUGAGUUUUUUUCCAGGAAUUAUGAUUGGUUCUUUGCAGAAUUUAACUCAAAACUGUUAUCAUCUUCCAACUACAUUAUCCGAAGGCAAGCUAUUCAGCUCUUGGGAGAUAUUCUAAUGGAGAGGUCAAACAUGACAGUGAUGGUGUGGUAUGUUAGCUCAAAGGAGCACCUAAUAAUUCUAAUGAAUCUUCUGAGGGGACAAAGCAAGGCAAUUCAAGUGGAGGCCUUUCAUGUCUUCAAAUUGUUUGCUGCCAAUCAGAACAAGCCACCUGAGAUCGUUGGCAUACUUGCCACUAACAAAAACAAGCUCCUUAGGUUCUUAGCAGACUUCACUCUAGACAAAGAGGAUAAGCAGUUCGAAGCUGACAAAGCUCAGGUUAUCACCGAGAUAUCGGCGUUGUAACUGAAGAAUAGGAGAAGCUGGAAUGCACAUUGGUUUCUUCUUGUGUUAACUGGCUGUCAACUUCAUACCAGCCAGCCCAUUUUCGGACGUGCAGACGACACAAUGUGCAACAUCAGCCAUCAGUCGAUAAUUUGGGACUAGUUUAUUUUUUCAUAGGACACAAAGUUAAUAAUAGUAGUGUAAUAAGGAAUGGCAAUGUCAUCCUUUCAUUAUGUCCAGCCACAUAGACACGAUUUAGAACAGUGGUUGAGAAAAAAAAACUGAUUAACUGAAAUCUUCCCCUGCAUUUAGAAAUUUUGUGCAAAUUAACUGGAACAAAAGGAGCAUUAGGGUUUAGGGUGUUUUUGGUUGGCAGGACCAAGUAGAAUCAAAUGAAAUGGUUCUAUGUUUACGGAGAUGGCCAAGUUUGGCCGGAGAACACAAUGCUCGGAGAAGAGAAUGGUUAGAUGAAUGAGUUGAAGAACCAAGUGAUACCACCCAUUUGCCUGCGUUGGUUCCACAUAUCUAUGAAACAUUCCUCCCAGUGUAACCAUCUCAUUACAUUACACUUUGUUCUGCGACAUGUACUGUGUUUUGUUUC